GUCUGGCAGCCCUGUCAAAGGUCUCGCUAUAUAUAUCGGCACAGUCCACUCCCCCUCUUCGUUGGAAACUUCUAGCUCGCCUGAAUCAUUUGUUCAGCUGUCAAGCCCACAGUCAACAGCACGUGAAAGUACUUGGCAACUCUGCUCCUCCCACAAAAGGAAGAGGAAAUUGAACAUGGCUCACCAGGUUGAUGAGUCUACUGAUCACGUUUUAUUUAAAAGUCCUGAAGGUCGGCGGCCUAAUAUGAAAUGCUGGGCACCUGAAAACUUGCAUUCACUUCAAGUUGAUGAAGAUUCACUUCAAGUUGAUGAAGACUCCUAUAUGGGGUUUGAAACCAUUGCACGAACCGUUCAUCUCGACGAUUUUAAAGAAGUUAUGACGAAUAAUAAGAUAAUCCAGUGCCCCAUUACAGAAAACUCACACUUACGGCUUUCCAAGAGCUGGCUAAUGGUAGCCUGGUUCGGACUACCUGCCGACGGCCACAACUGGUACGGGAAUGCAAGCUUUGUGGUAGACUUCAACAGCUUCCUAAAAGAGUUCAAAGAUUUCAAGAAAUACUUUGUGGAGGUUGCAGAAUAUCAAACUCAAAAUGCAUCGAGACUGUUGUUCUCAAGCAAAGAUUAUGAUGACUUGAGGGAAUACGACCCUACCAUUCGUGGAGGACCGUGGUAUAUGGAUUCAGACAAUAAGCACUGGGCUCUCACGAGGGCCAGGGGAUACAAAAGCCGUUUUCCUCUAGUAAAUGGACACGCCCUAGAGUUCAUGGUUGAGCUAGAUGAGGAUGAAGCCAAAAAGCUAUUUCUGAUGUCCGCUAAACGACCUGCGGAUCAUUCUGAGGCAAACGACCCAGGAUAUAUGAAAUGUAAGAAACACAGGUCAGGGGGGAAAUGGCGGGACUGCCCUUCUCCAUACUCUCCAGAAGACACCAUUGACAAACUCGACGAGUGGCAAGCUCACAGCGGUAUACAGUGGACAUGGGGAUAAGGGGGAUUCUGCUCAGCUCUCCACGACUAGAGCAUCUGCUAAUGGCUCCUGGUAACCUCCACCUAUGACGCAGCAUCGUUAUACAUCGGAGAACCAUUAGCUGAUACAUGUGGAGUGAAACAGCGGAAAAGCACGCACACACACACACACACACACACAAACACACACACACACACACACACACACACACACACACACACACACACACA